AUGGCCGCCUCCAGGGCUUUGGCGUGGAGGCAGCUCCUCAAAAUAUUGGCGAAUUCACAAGGAGCGACACUUAGCAUUAAUUCGAGAAGUGGUAUUCAUACUACUGUGAAGAGACACCAAGAUCCAUCAUCAGACCAGUCAGCGAAGGCAAAGACAAUCAGCAAUGCUAUGAAGGCAUAUUUGGAAACGGCUAUGAAAUAUGAAAAGGAGAAAGAAACACUGACAUAUGAGUAUGAACUUGGGAGAAAACAUCUCGCCAACAUGAUGGGCAUACAUCAUAAAGAUUUUACGAAGGAACAUGUCAAGAUUGCUGUGAGAUACCUUAUGCCAUCAGGACUGUUUGACAAGAAAGCUCACCCCUACCUGUUGGAAGCAGAUGAUGUCCUUCCACAUAAAAAAAAGGCACAAUUUGGCAGGGAUGGUAGACCGUUUCAUCCAAUGUUUUACACAACACGGCCUAACUACUACCAAUUUAUGCAUGAUAUUGUACAAAAGAUAGAGAAGCUGGAUGCUAAGAUGGAGGAAAACAAAUUCAUUAUAAAAAGGUCCCAACCUCUACAGAGCGUGAUGACUUCUGAAUGGCUGAGCUAUGAGGACUUCAAAGUAAAGACAAGAGAGAACGUAAAUCAAACAGAUUAUGAUCGAUUUAUUCAACUAAUGGAGAAACUGGUGGAGCACGACCUCUGUGACGAAGAGGAAGAAUAUAUCAUGUCAUUUAGAAAACCUUUGAUAUCAGCUGUUUCUUAUAAACAUAAAUCUCCUGAAGUUGAUGAUGAGGGAAAACUCUACUACAAAGGUGAAGGUUCUCGAAAAUCUUGUAAAGCUUAUGUGAAGGUGUAUCUUAAUGGUACAGGAAAAUUUGAAAUCAACGGAAAUGAUAUACUGUACUUCAAGGAUCAUACACAUAGGGAACAGAUCAUGACACCACUGAUAGUCUGUGAACUGCUCGGAAAAGUGGAUGUGUAUGCCGCAACAGUCAGGGGAGGUAAAUCAUCAGAGUCAGGGGCGAUCCGACUGGCAAUGUCUAAAGCCCUGGCUGGAUACGUCAGUGAUGAUAUCAAGACACGGUUGACUAUCGCUGGACUGUUGACAGAAGAUCCGAGGAUUCGUGAACGAGACAAGCCUGGACAGGAAGGAGCUCGACGUAAAUACUCUUGGAGAAAAAGAUGAUCAACAACCAGGACUUUUUUACAUAGAUAUUUUGUGCUGUUGUUUCAAACACUAUGGAUUCCAUGACAAAGAAAUGUCGAACUGGAAAUCUACAUUAUGUUACACUGUAAGGACUCUGGAGUAACCUUGGAACAAGAUGAAGAGAUGUGAAAUUAAGAAUUAUAACUAAUUACUGUAAAUGCCAAAAAUGUAUUAAAAUGUAAUACAAGGACUUUAA